UUGUGGGGAACUCUUUCUUUGAUGUUAUGAUGGCAUCUUUCACAAAUAAAUAUACAAAGGACUCUUCUUGGACACACUCCCUUCUCACUAUCAGGCUCUCUCAGUAAUCCUUCCAUGGCCGCGACCUGGUUAUACCCAUUGUUUUUCUCUCUGAGCUUUACAUUCUCAGUUCUCUGUUCUGGUUCGACUGAAUCAGAUAUUCUACUUAGCUUCAAGGCUUCCAUUAAAGACCCCAGAAAUUCUCUGUCCAGCUGGUCUAACGACUCGUCGAUUCAUUAUUGUAACUGGACGGGAAUCACUUGCAGUUCCGAACCAUCACUGUCUGUAAAUUCUGUGGGGUUACAAAGCUUGAAUCUUUCUGGUGAAAUCUCUGCUUCUAUAUGUGAACUUCCGAAUCUUGUUAAUCUUAAUCUCGCCGACAAUCUCUUUAACCAGCCAAUCCCUCUACACCUCUCUCGUUGUAGUCUUUUGGAGACUUUGAAUCUGAGUGAUAAUCUCAUUUGGGGCACAAUCCCAUAUCAGAUUUCUCAGUUGGGGUCCUUGAGAGAGCUUGAUUUCAGCAGAAACCAUGUUGAGGGGAAGAUCCCAGAAGGCAUUGGCUCAUUGGGUAAGCUGCAAGUGCUCAACUUGGGAAGCAACUUGCUUUCAGGUAGUGUUCCUUUCGUCUUUAAGAAUUUAACUGAGCUUGUUGUGCUUGAUUUGUCUCAAAAUCCUUACUUGGUGAGUGAGAUUCCAAGUGAGAUUGGAAAGCUGGUGAAGCUUGAGCAGCUUUUGUUGCAAAACUCUGGUUUUCAUGGUGAAAUACCCAAUCCUUUGGUUGGUUUACAGAGCUUGAAGAUAUUGGACAUUUCCCAGAACAAUCUUAGUGGUUUUCUUCCUCAGACGCUGGGGUCUUCUUACCAAAACCUGUUGUCUUUUGAUGUUUCACAGAACAACCUUUUAGGUUUCUUUCCAAAUGAUGUGUGUAAUGCCAAAGGCCUGAUAAACCUGAGUCUUCACUCAAACUUCUUCAAUGGUACCAUAUCUAGCUCCCUCAAUGACUGCUUGAAUCUUGAAAAGUUUCAAAUUCAAAACAACGAUUUUUCUGGUGAUUUCCCUGAUGAGUUAUGGUCAUUACCCAAAAUCAAGCUUGUCAGAGCAGAAAACAAUAGAUUUUCUGGAGAGAUACCAGAUUCAAUUUCACUUGCUGCUCAACUGGAACAAGUUCAGAUAGAUAACAACAGCUUUACUGGUAAAAUUCCUCAGGGUCUUGGUCAGGUCAAGAGCUUGUAUAGAUUCUCUGCAUCUAUUAAUGGCAUAAAUGGUGAACUUCCUCCAAAUUUUUGUGAUUCCCCUGCUAUGAGCAUCAUAAAUCUCUCCCACAAUUCACUGUAUGGUCAAAUUCCAGAGCUUAAGAAAUGCAGGAAAUUGGUCUCAUUGUCACUGGCAAGCAAUAGGCUCUCUGGGGAAAUCCCACCGUCACUUGCUGAUUUGCCAGUGCUUACUUACCUUGAUUUGUCCGAUAACGAUCUCACUGGUUCAAUCCCACCAGGGCUUCAGAACUUGAAGCUCGCUCUAUUCAACGUAUCAUUCAAUCAACUAUCUGGCAGAGUCCCUUUGUCACUAAUCUCAGGCCUUCCAGCUUCUUAUCUGCAAGGAAAUCCUGGACUUUGCGGUCCUUCCUUACUCAGCAGUUGUCCUGAUGAACAUUCAAAGCAUCAUAUAAUUGGUCUUACAACAUGGACAUGUGCACUGAUCUUCAUAUCAUUUGGCAUUGGAACUUUGCUUCUUGCUGCUGGAUAUUUUGCAUUCCGGCGAUCUUCCAGACAGAAAUCUCAAUUGGGGUCAUGGCGUUCCGUAUUUUUCUAUCCUCUUAGAGUCACCGAGCACGAUUUGACGAUGAGAAUGAACGAAAAAAGUGCAGUAAUAAGCAAAGGAGCUUUUGGUAGUGUAUACAUUAUUAGCCUACCAAGUGGUGAGCUGGUUGCUGUAAAAAAGCUGGUUAAUUUUGGGAUUCAAUCUUCGAAACAAUUGAAGGUCGAGAUCAAGACAUUGGCGAAGAUACGACAUAAGAACAUCGUUAAGGUCCUUGGGUUUUGCCAUUCAGAUGAGUCUAUUUAUCUGAUUUACGAAUUCUUACAGAAGGGAAGCUUGGGGGAUUUGAUUUGCAGUCCAGAUUUUCAACUGCAUUGGAGACUUAGAUUGAAGAUUGCCAUCGGGGUCGCUCAAGGAUUGGCAUACUUGCACAAGAAUUAUGUUCCACAUAUGCUUCACAGAAAUAUCAAGUCAACGAAUAUUCUUCUGGAUGCAGAAUUCGAGCCAAAACUCACCGAUUUUGCUCUGGACCGAGUUGUCGGAGAACCUGCGUUUCAGUCAACCAUUGCUUCAGAAUCUCCGGACUCCUGUUACAUCGCACCAGAGUCUAGAUACACUAAGAAAGCAACAGAACAGAUGGAUGUUUACAGCUUUGGUGUUGUGCUACUAGAGCUUGUGACUGGUCAAAAUGCUGGGAAAACAGAAACUUCUGAUUCUCUUGACAUUGUGAGGUGGGUUCGGAGGAAAAUCAACAUCACCAAUGGUGCCCUCCAAGUUAUAGACCCCAAGGUUUCUAGUUCCUUCCAGCAGCAGAUGCUAGGAGCUCUAGAAAUCGCUUUGACUUGCACUUCUGUUAAUCCAGAGAAACGGCCAUCGAUGUUUGAAGUUGUGAGAGCACUCGAGUCCUUAAACCCAAGUCCUCAUCUUCCAGUCUCUACCUCAGAUGAUAAUGAAUCUCUAGUUUGAACAAAUAGGCAAGCAUUACCUUUUGUUUUGUACUUUAUAUCUUUACUAUGUAUAAUCCAAGUUAAAAGUCUCUCUUGUUUUUAUCUUCACGUCUUCAUUGGAGAAGAAAGAACACAUUGGGGCAUGAUAUACUCUGUUCUGUGCCUGUGCCUGUGCCUGUGCCUGUGUUUAUGUUUUUGGAUUUGAUUUGGGGAACAGAUGAUGUCUACAUUCUCGUGUAAUAGAAACAAAUACCAUUUUUGAAAGUAUUCUCUACA